UUUUUUCACAAACAAAAAUGUGAUCAAUACCAUGGAGUGUGUGUUUCACGAUGAAGAGGUAUGUAUUUCAUGAUCAUUUUUUGAGUUCAAUUCCACUUUACAGUUUUUAAUUUUUAAACAAAUUGACUCACUUUUAUUGACACAGGGCGACAAAAUCCAUGCCACAAUUUGCCGAGAAAGGCUUGGCACAUUCAAGGAGCGCAUAAAAGAAGAAAACGUUUACAUCUUGAGAAACUUCGUUGUGACUCCUAAUUCCAUGAAGUACAAGACAACAAAUUGUCCUUUCAACAUCAUUUUCAACCACAAGACAACAUUGGUUGACCAUGACGUUCCGUUUCCAAAAAAUAUGUUCAGCUUCAAACCAUUUUUUGGACUUCAAAAUGCAAAUGAAGUAAACCUGACUGAGCUGUUUGGUAUACCAUUCUACCUUAUCUUAUUUUCAAAAUUUUGAUAUAUCAUACAAAGACCUAUGAAUCUUAACGACAGAUGGUCACACAGAUAUUAUAGGGAGCGUUAGGUCAAUCCAUUUUCCUAGACCACGUGAGAAUAAUGGAGCCACCCAAAAAUUGGUUGAAAUGGUCUUGGAAGACCCUGAGUAUGUUGUUCAUAAUUUUUAUGUAUUUUUUAAUUUAAUAUCAAUUCUUUUUUCAAAUAAACGAUAUUAUUUUCGUAAAAUUUUAAACACAUGCCAUACAGCCAACAAAAGAUAAGGUGCACUCUAUGGGCUGUUGACGCAAUAAGGCGUGGGGUAGAAAAGACUCCUAACUUCAUGGUAAUCGUUGUUCAAAUGGUUCACCCAAGACUAUACAAAGGUGAAGUGUGCAUGACCAACAGUUACCACGGCUCAAAGCUGAUAAUCAAUGGCAAAGACCAAGAGAUACUGGACUUCAAGGACAGGUAUGGCUAUAAUUAUGCAUUCCAUUCAGUGAUGACGUGAUGUGUCUGUGCCUACGUGAAGACAAACAUAAUGACUUCAUAUACAGGUUUGACUUGCAUGGUGAUGAGGGUUACAAUGGUUCACCCAUUGUAGUGACCACAGAAGAAGAAGAGGGUUCGGGAGACGAAGAAUUUGUGGCAAUGGAAUCCCUCUUCCAGGAAAACUUGAAUGGCCGAUUCUGGGUUGUCGGUGAAGUCGUUGAUAUAGAAACUGGAGAUGGAUGGUGGUACUUGGCUUGCAGAGAAUGUGCAAGGAAGGUGGCACCAAAAUGUGGCCGUUUUGAGUGCAUAAAUCCAGCAUGUAAAAACCGUCGUGAUGCGGUGAUGAGGUACAAAGUCAAGAUAAGAAUUAUGGACAAAACAGCAAACGCUGCAUUUAUUCUAUGGGAUACAGCUUGCCAAGAAUUAUUCGGGAAAAAGGCAGCUACUAUGGUUGGGGACGCGAAAGAAGAAGAUGGAUUUCCUUUGGAAAUAUUAAAUUUGAUUGACAAGAAAGUGAUUUGUUUGGCUCAAGUACAAAAUGAUAGUACAAAGAGAGGUGAAAUUGCUUUUAGUGUUCAAAAGAUUAAACUUGAAAAUGAGAACACAUCACAAGUUAAUGGGGAAACUUCACAUGCUAAGGAAUUGGAGGAUUCCUCUGGAGAGCAGAACAAGAAAAACAAAGAAAAAUGUGAUGAGAUUGACCUUACCAACAACGAGGAAACAGAUGGUGACACUGCCACAUGUAGUAAAAGAGGUGCAGAAAAGGGGGGGAGAAACUCUUCAGGAGAUGGUUAAGAGAAAUAAAAGGGCAAUUAAAGUCAAGAUUGAGAAGUCCUGAACGAAGAAUCUGGCUACCUACCGAAGCCUGUGUUUUCAAUUAUGUUCUAUGUGAUUUGCUGCUUUCCUACUUUCCACCUUUCAGUGUUUUUAAGCAUUAUCUAAGUGUUGUCAAACACACAAGGUCUUAAACCUUUAGGAUUUCCUAUAUUUGUU